CCUGAUCAGCUGAUGGCUGGCAAUGUCUGUUGACAGGAGAGGGCUCCGCGGCCGGACUCGGGUAUGUAAAUCCAAAUGGAGCAGUUGGGAAUCAGAGGCCAAAUAGAGCUGCUAAGACAGCAACAGCCUUGGGGGAAGCUGAUCCGGUUAGGAACUGGAGAAGCUGAGCCUCACGUCCUGCUGCUGAAGAAAGAGUGGACGAUUGGAAGGAAAAAAGGUUGUGACCUGUCCUUUCCUGGCAACAAAUUGGUGUCUGGAGAUCACUGCAAAAUAACCGUGGAUGAAGAAUCUGGUCAAGUGUCACUGGAGGAUACCAGUACAAAUGGAACGGUUAUCAAUAAACAGAAGGUGGUGAAGAAGCAGAGCUGUCUUUUGCAGAACGGAGAUGUGAUCUAUGUUGUUUACAGGAAAAACGAGCCAGAAAACAACGUCGCUUAUCUCUACGAAUCCUUGAGCCCAAAACAGGACCCGGCUAGUGAGCCAGUAGAAGCCAACAUUGAAAGCACGUGCCAUGCGACCAAAGAUACCUCAAAUACCGGACAAAGCAAUGAUGGGACCUCAAUGGCGUCGCCACCGUCAGCUGCUCAGCUGCGCGACGAUGAACCACAGCCAUCCACUUCGACAUCCAACCUCUUUAAUGCUGCUGCUUCUACCUCUCCCUCGGAGUUCAUGUCUACUGAACAGGAUAAUCCCUCAACAUCUGGGUCUUGUGUCUUCGCUCCCACGCCUGCGUUGCCUGCCCUAGAACCAUGUUGUCCAAAAGAAUCGCUUGAACGCAAGCAGCCAAAUGUAAAUGCUGAACCUUCUGACGUUCUUUCAGGGGUCAAAGAGAAAUUGGCGUUGCCGCUGCCUGAGCUUAAAAGCAGGGAUGAAGAGGAAACCUCUGAGCCUGCUAGGAAGAAAGCAAAAGGAGAUGGUGAUGCCACCUCAUAUCUUCAGGUGACUGUCCCCGAUCAAUGUGCAAUUAAAACUGGCCCCGGGGACACAAAGUCGGCAAACAUGAAGCCAGACAAGAUGGAAGAAACACUUACCUGCAUCAUCUGCCAGGAACUGCUGCACGACUGUGUCAGUUUGCAACCUUGCAUGCACACCUUCUGUGCUGCUUGCUACUCAGGGUGGAUGGAACGCUCCUCUCUCUGUCCGACGUGCCGCUGUCCGGUGGAGCGCAUUUGUAAAAACCACAUUCUGAACAACUUGGUGGAAGCUUAUCUCAUCCAGCAUCCAGAUAAGUGCCGCAACGAAGAGGAUGUGCGAAGCAUGGAUGCCCGGAACAAAAUCACUCAAGACAUGCUUCAGCCGAAAGUGAGGAGGUCCUUUUCGGAUGAAGAAGGAAGUUCCGAAGAUCUCCUGGAACUUUCAGACGUCGACAGCGAAUCCUCAGAUAUCAGCCAGCCUUAUAUCACGUGCAGACAGUGUCCAGGAUCCCGUCGGCCACCGGCUCAGCCCCUUCUCUCCUCAGGCCAGGAAGGAGAAAUAGAAGCAGUGCAGGCAUUGGGGGAUGCGCCGUCUACCUCUGCCAACUUUCCAACAGCUGUCCAGGAAUACAUAUGUCCUUCUCAAGGAAGCCACGUGAUCUGCACAUGCUGUUUCCAGCCAAUGCCGGACCGCAGAGCAGAGCGCGAACAGAGCCCACACAUCGCCCCUCAGCAAUGCACCAUCUGUCUCCAACCCUUUUGUCACUUGUACUGGGGCUGCACUCGGGUGGCGUGUUUCGGCUGCUUGGCACCGUUCUGUGAAAUAAAUCUUGGCGACAAGUGUCUAGAUGGUGUCCUUAACAACAAUCACUAUGAAUCAGAUAUUUUAAAGGAUUACCUGGCAUCCAGGAGUUUGACAUGGAAAAACAUGUUGAAUGAAAGUCUCCUAGCUCUUCAAAGAGGAGUUUUUGUAUUGUCAGAUUACCGAAUUACUGGAGAAACGGUGCUCUGUUAUUGUUGCGGCCUCCGCGGCUUCCGUGAGCUGGCUUAUCAGUACAGGCGGAAUAUUCCUGUUUCUGAAUUGCCAGUGGCUGUGACAUCCCGUCCUGACUGCUACUGGGGGCGCAACUGCCGGACUCAGGUCAAAGCACACCAUGCCAUGAAAUUCAAUCACAUUUGUGAACAGACACGAUUCAAAAACUGAAGGUGGCUCGGGGGACGCUGAAAUGAACCCAAUUCUUUCAACCUGUUAGAAGAGAGGAAAG